ACACAACCAGGUAGAGUAAACCCGGAAGCUCAGUAUGUGUUGUUGUCUGACGCUGUAAACACCCCAGAUCGGAGGCCCCCAUCCUAUUCUGACGCAGUUGCUUGAUCUCCUCACACAUAAGUUCUGGCAGUGAGCACAGGAGCUCCCCCACGAGGCAUCAUCACCGGGUCCUCUAUACGUCGCCAGCAUGAGGAGUCCACGGCUGCUGCUACUACUGCAGCUGUGUUUCUUCGUCAGCGCCUCCUUCGUGCAUAUCUCAGACGCCCAAGACAUCGAAAAUCCGGCAACUGAUCCAGGAGUGAUCAGCAGCGAGUGUAAUAAAGCAGGAGGAAAGUGCAUCUUACUGGAGGAGGAGGGAGAAGGACCCAAGUGUUCCUUCCUCCUUAACUCGUCUGAUUGUCCCCAAGAUACUUCCUGCUGUCUGUUUCAGAAAACACCUGGUGAGAGAGAGGAGGAGAGUGAGACACCAGCAGAAGAAGGAACCGAGAGAAAACGGGCGAAGAGAAGUACCAGAAAUGAGGGUCGGGAGGGGACAGAAUCAGGUAGAAAUUAUGACAAAAAAUCGCCAACAGAGAAGAGAAAGUCAAAGACAAGUCCCAAGGAGCAACGAAAGAGGGAGAAUGAGAAGAGUUUGGACAAGUCUGAUAACCCUAGGAAAAAAAUAAAGAAAAAUCGCCAGGAAAAGAAGAACGGAAAACAGUCAAGAAAAAAAGGAAAGGAAACUCUGGAAAGGAACCGAAAAAAGAAACAGGAUACAGGAUCGAACAAGAAGCAAAAAUAUGACAAGAGACUCGAGAAGGUGAACGUAGGAACUCUCACAAAGAAGAUAAGCAGCACAGAGAGGGAGAAGCAGAAGAAGAAGAAACCAAAGAGAAAAAAACCUGACGAUGAAGACGAUAAAGGCAAGGAAGGGAAGAUGAAGGUCCUCAAAAAGCAGCGUACAGGAUCGAACAAGGAAAAAACAAAUGACGAACGACUCGAGAAAGUGAAAGCAGGAACUCUUAAAAAGAAGAUAAGCAGCACGAAAAGGGAGAAGCAGAAGGAAAAACCAAGGAGAAAAAAAACUGACGAUGAUGACGAUAAAGGCAAGGAGGGGAAGCUGAAACUCGUCAUGAUGGAGGGAGAAGGAUCAGUGGAAGAGGCACGUAGCGGUAAACCUAAAGGCUGCAAAGUGCUGAAAGGCUGUAAGAAGAGAGGCGGAAAGUGCAAGAAGAAGUGCAAGAAAAAUGAAACUCGGUUUAAGAAAGGCUGUAAAGGCCAGAAAUGUGUCUGCUGUGGUAAAAGAUGUAAGGCGAAAAAACCAUGCAAGAAUAGGAACGGGUCGUGUAAGUCGUCGUGUAGAGCUGGGGAGGAAGUCGUUGCUAAUGGUUGUAAAGGAGGCAAAGGGUGCGUGUGUUGUGCCUCAUCCCAGUGCAACGCGAAGACGAACUGCAAGAACUUUGGUGGAAGGUGCAAGUCUGUGUGCAAGGACACGGAGGUCGUGAUCAAGGACGGCUGUGACGGGGACGGCUGUUUCUGCUGUGCCCCAGAUUUCGUGGGUUGUCCGGCCACCAGCGAGUGUCCAGGCCGCUGUACCGAGACCUGUCAAGGGGUGGUCUCCAACGUCCAGUGCCUCGGGGAGAGCUGCACCUGUUGCCUCGACUGCAAAGUGACCCCGAGCUGCGAGAAGCAACACGGCAGCUGCAAGUCAGGUUGUUCCUGUGGUGAGGUGGAAUUGCCUGGAGGAUGUACAGGGAACGGCUGCAAGUGCUGUGUGGCUCAUGUGCCAGCGUGCUCAAGCGGGGACAAGUGUUCAGGAAAUUGUAUGUACGGCCCCUUGUGCACAGGAGAGCUUGGCCCAGGGUCGUGCUCAGGAGAAGCCGGCUGUGCAUGUUGUACGGAGUGCAAUGCAAAGACGAACUGCAAGAACUUUGGUGGAAGCUGCAAGUCUGUGUGCAAGGACACGGAGGUCGUGAUCAAGGACGGCUGUGACAGGGACGGCUGCUUCUGCUGUGCCCCGGAUUUCGUGGGUUGUCCGGCCACCAGCGAGUGUCCAGGCCGCUGUACCGACACCUGUCAAGGGGUGGUCUCCAGCGUCCAAUGCCUUGGGGGGAACUGCACCUGUUGCCUCGACUGCAAAGUGACCCCGAGCUGCGAGAAGCAACACGGCAGCUGCAAGGCAGAUUGUUCUUGUGGUGAGGUGGAGUUGCCUGGAGGUUGUACAGGGAACGGCUGCAAGUGCUGUGUGCCUCAAGUGCCACAAUGCUCAAGUGGGAACCAGUGUUCAGGAACGUGCUUGUACGGGCCCUUGUGCACAGGAGAUCUUCGUCCAGGGUCGUGCACAGGAGAAGUCGGCUGUGCAUGUUGUAGGGAGUGCAAAACGAAGACGAACUGCAAGGACUUUAGUGGAAGCUGCAAGUCUGUGUGCAAGGACACGGAGGUCGUGAUCAAGGACGGCUGUGACGGGGACGGCUGUUUCUGCUGUGCCCCGGAUUUCGUGGGUUGUCCGGCCACCAGCGAGUGUCCAGGCCGCUGUACUGACACCUGUCACGGGGUGGUCUCCAGCGUCCAGUGCCUUGGGGGGAACUGCACCUGUUGCCUCGACUGCAAAGUGACCCCAAGCUGCGAGAAGCAACACGGCAGCUGCAAGGCAGAUUGUUCCUGUGGUGAGGUGGAAUUGCCUGGAGGUUGUACAGGGAACGGCUGCAAGUGCUGUGUGCCUCAAGUGCCACAAUGCUCAAGUGGGGACCAGUGUUCAGGAACGUGCUUAUACGGGCCCUUGUGCACAGGAGAUCUGCGCCCAGGGUCGUGCACAGGAGAAGUCGGCUGUGCAUGUUGUAGGGAGUGCAAAGCAAAGACGAACUGCAAGAACUUUGGUGGAAGCUGCAAUUCUGUGUGCAAGGACACGGAGGUCGUGAUCAAGGACGGCUGUGACGGGGACGGCUGUUUCUGCUGUGCCCCGGAUUUCGUGGGUUGUCCGGCCACCAGCGAGUGUCCAGGCCGCUGUACUGACGCCUGUCAUGGGGUGGUCUCCAGCGUCCAGUGCCUCGGGGGGAACUGCACCUGUUGCCUCGACUGCAAAGUGACCCCGAGCUGCGAGAAGCAACACGGCAGCUGCAAGGCAGAUUGUUCUUGUGGUGAGAUGGAGUUACCUGGGGGUUGUACAGGGAACGGCUGCAAGUGCUGUGUGCCUCAAGUGCCACAAUGCUCAAGUGGGGACCAGUGUUCAGGAACGUGCUUAUACGGGCCCUUGUGCACAGGAGAUCUGCGCCCAGGGUCGUGCACAGGAGAAGUCGGCUGUGCAUGUUGUAGGGAGUGCAAAGCGAAGACGACCUGCCAAAACUUUGAUGGAAGCUGCAAGUCUGUGUGCAAGGACACGGAGGUCGUGAUCAAGGACGGCUGUGACGGGGACGGCUGUUUCUGCUGUGCCCCGGAUUUCGCGGGUUGUCCGGCCACCAGCGAGUGUCCAGGCCGCUGUACUGACACCUGUCAAGGGGUGGUCUCCAGCGUCCAGUGCCUCGGGGGGAACUGCACCUGUUGCCUCGACUGCAAAAUGACCCCGAGCUGCGAGAAGCAACACGGCAGCUGCAAGGCAGAUUGUUCCUGUGGAGAAUUGGAGUUGCCUGGAGGAUGUACAGGGAACGGCUGCAAGUGCUGUGUGCCUCAAGUGCCACAAUGUUCAAAUGGGAACCAGUGUUCAGGAAAGUGUUUGUACGGUCCCUUGUGCACAGGAGAGCUUAGCCCUGGACCGUGCUCAGGAGAAGCCGGCUGCGCAUGUUGCGCGGAAAUCAAAAUUCCACACAGCGGGGUGAGCCUGAUGUGAGAGACCCAGGUGUGUGGAGGUGUUGCAGUGCCUAGUCAAAUGGUUCCUAGUCGCACCAACCCAAGCUGACUAGGUUAGGUUAGGUUAGGUUUGUUUGGGUUAGGUUAAGUUAGGUUAGGUUAGGUCAGGGUUGGGGCUCAUUUGACCUAUAUAUGGGGCAAAACUGUGAUGUACAUCGUUUGACCGGUCAUACACACACUGCAGUUACAGAUGUCAGGUAAAUAUACUAUCAUGAAUAAACGCAAUUCUCCUAUGUACUGUGUUGUGUUCUCAGAGAGUGAGGCAUAACACUCCCUUACCUUGUGACGGAAAUACUCUAGAAACGUGUUUUCGUGAUCAAAGUUGGUUGGAUCACCUCAGUCAUUGUUUAUAUAUGAGGCCCCACGGUACCAGCUGGGUAGUACAGUAUUAUGCCAUUAAAACAUUGGAGACUUGAGGGAGUGUUGAUAGAAAAGGAGCAGUUAAAUAAAGGGAGUAUUUAUAUAAGGAGGAAAGAUAGCAUUCAUAUUGUGGUGAUUUUUAUUACUACAUAUUUGAUCAUAGUGAUUCUCGGAAAUAUAAUAAAAUGUUUUAUUGUCUGAGCUUAUAAAUUACAUGUUAUUUUAUCAUAUUUCAGUGUAGUAGCCUUAGCUGUGCAAUUUUUUUCUUCAAGGUAUUUUGUUUACUGUUUUUUUUAAAGUCAUUUAAGUUCUUCACAGAUGAAUAGUUUUUCAUUUGGUCAACUUUCAGUUGUUUUCAGUAUUCACGUUUGAAUUUUUCCCUUAUGUUUAGUUAUACAGGUUUGCCAAUCAUGCAUUUGUUUCUUUUUUUUAACCGAGUUUUUCUCGUCACUUAUUUACGAUUAUUUUUUCACGGAUUCCUGUGUUUAACCUUUGUGUUGUAUGUAUAGGGCUGGCUGGCUCUCUGGGGCCACCAGUAGGACAUGUUACAACACCUUAACAAUACUUUACAUGAUAACAACAUCCCGGUAACCUAGUCCAGAUGGCGUCCCUUCACAAUGUUUUUAUAAGGCCUGUAUACACCACAACCACCAAUAAAGCACUCACAUUAUA